UCUAGGUCCCGGGGCAAGCACUUGCUCCAGCCAGGACCCCUCGUGUCUGCACAACUCCUCUCUCUGACUACCUCCCUGCCACCCCACAGGCAGAGUUGAUCCACCUAGGAACCAAGACAAUGCCACAAGCAACACAGUUACAGUUUUCACCUAGUGGGCAGAGCUCCGACCAGCCCAACCCCAAUUACCAAGACAAGGCAGAGACACCUGAAUCCAGGGAGACCCUCCCGCAACAGCCUGACAAGGGCAAGAUUCCACGCCUCCGGAAGGUGGUCGAAAGCAAGGCCUUCAGGAACAUCCUGGUGGACGAGAUGGACAUGAUGCGGUCUCGCGCCGCCACCCUCAUCCAAGCCAACUGGAGGCGCCACAAGCUCCGGCAGAAGCUGGUCUCCCAGGUGAUGACGGCAAAAGGCGUCCAGGAGGCCUGGCGGCGCUUCAAAGCCAGGCGCCGCCUCUGGGCGGAGAAAAAAAAGUAUGUGGACGAGGAGAACAUCCCUUACCACCCGCCUCAACAGGUGCGGUUCCACCCUUCAGAGGAAGACAGGUAUCUUCCGGCCCCACCUGUCAUGGUGAAUAAGGAGACCCAGUUCCCUUCUGACGACAGCUUGGCUGCCUGUGCCCACGAGCUGGCCCUGCUGCAGCCCGCGGGUGUUCCACCGCCCGGCAUGCCAGCUCCUUGUGCCGCCGGAGGCCCUAGCGUCACUUUCGUGCCGCACCAGACUGUUUCCGUCAGACUUCCGUGUCCAGUGAGUCUGAGUGCAAAGUACCACCCAUGUCUGCUAACAAGAACCAUCAGAAGUACCAGCCUUCUCCACUUAGAAGGGGACAUGACGAAGACCAAGCCAGCGACUGCCAGAGCCAGCAAGGCAGGAGCCCUCGGGCCACCGUGUGAAAGGAUUGCCCAGACACUUCAUGGCCCCCCCAAGGCCCAGACCCAGGCCCAUGUGGAAGCAGAGGUCCUCAGAGCCCCACCCCAGACAGGCCAACCGUCUGUGAUGACCAAGACUCCGCUCAAGUCGUGCUUGGCAUCCAUGAUGAACAAAUCCAUACCCCAGCCAGGCCCAACACCCACGGUAAUAAUAGCCAAGACCCCACCUCAGCUGGACUCAGCAGUCCCAGUGGCCAAGACCACACUCCAGUCAUGCCUGGCAGCAAUCUUGAACAAGAUCCCAACCCAGUCAAGCCCGAUACCCACAAUGAUAGUGAGGACCCCACCCCAGCCGUGCCUGGCAGCCCCGGUGACCAAGACCCCAGCUCAGAUGCGACCAACAGUCUUGGUGACCAGCACUGCACCCCAGACACAGCCGGCUGCCAUGACCUCAAUUUUCAAGCCCCCGACACAGACCUGCCCAAUUCCCGUGAUGGCCAAGACCCUGCCCCAGGUCCACCCAACAGCCACGAUGGCCAAGUCCCUACUGCAGACAUGUCCAGUGGCUACGACAGCCAAGACCCCAUCUCAGAUGCUCCCAGAAGCCUCAACGACCAAGACCCCUACCCAGACAUGUCUGGCAGCCAUGAUCACCAAGACGCCAGCCCAGUUACGCUCAGUGGCCACUGUCCUCAGGAACCUCUGCCUGCCUCCUCCUGCAGAUGGAAAUCUGAAAGCUUCACCUCCAGCAGUUGUGGAGGAUGGGAUUCCCAAUGCCUCGUCACAAACAAACCUAAACAGACCAAACGCCAAGGCUGUGGUGAGCGGGAGGCAGACGGCAGGCACGGUCAAAGUCUCGUCCCAUUCACACUUGACGGAGGGAAAGGUGAAAUACUGGCCCCCACCACAUCUGGGGGCUGGGGCUCCCAAGGCUCCAGCGAGGCCUUUUUCGGAAGCCGAGAAAAUCAGGGCCUUCUCCCAGAAACAGGUGAGAAUAGCAACCAUGUCUAACACCAGUGUGGCCGAGGACAGGAGCAAGGUCUUGUCGCAGGCACGCCUGAAAACAGAUGUCAUGAAGGUUCAGUCCCAGGUGGGCGUGCCUGUGGAAAUGGCUGUGGUUCUGCCCCAAGCACGCCUGGGCACAUGCCCAGCCAAGCCCCUGCCCCGAGCACAGAAGGCCACCUGUUCAACCACAGCCUCGCCCCAGAGACAUAUGCUUGCAAAGCAGACGAGAACCCCGCCCCAGGCAAAUAUCGUCCGGUGUCUGUCCAAGCCCCCAUCCCAAGCACACCCACCUGCCAAGCUAACUACGGCCCCGUCCCUGGCCCAUCCGGGCCCGUGUCCGACCAAGACGCAGUCCCAGGCACAUCUGACCACAGAAGUGAUAAAGGUCCAGUCUCAAGCACAUCUGCCUGCGAGGCUGACCAAGGCACAGUCCCAAGCCCAGCUGGUCACAGAAACAGCCAAGUGCCUCUAUGCUGCCCACCAGGCCGCUGAGCUCAGUAGCAAGACUCGGUCCCAGCCACUCCUGGCUGGGUUCAAGGCCUCCACCCAGCCCCAUCAACACGCCGGCUCUCUUGGCACUUUGUCCCGAGCAAAGCCAGAGGACGGAUUAACCCAGCUCCCAGCCCAUAGCUGUGCCCAGGGCAAAGCUACCAAGGGCCCAUGCGAGGAGGCCUCCAAGACCCCGAGCAUGCUGGUGCCUCUGCUGGCGUCCACUGGACCUUCCGCAUGCAACGUCGAAUCCUGGGGUGACAGCCGGGCCACCCUGGCCCCGCCAUCGGCCACAAGCCCAGCCGCGCCCUGCCAGGAGGAGCUGGGGGCCGCCCAGCUUGCCUCGCUGUGUGCUGAGUUGGCCACUGUGCUGGGCUCCCAGGAGGACAUCCGUGCUCUGCUGGAGAAAGCUCUCCCCCAGGGGGAAGUGAGGGCGGCACUGAACCAGGCCCUGUCCAAAGAGAUCCUAGGCACCACGAUGGCCAAGGCCCUGCCCCAGGGCAUGCUGGGCACAGCACUGGUGAAGGCUCUGUCCUGGGGCGAGCUGGGCACUGCACUGUCCUGUGCCCUUUCCCGGGGUGAGCUGCAGGCAGAACUCACGAAGGCCAUACAGGGCAGACUGGUGGAUGUGCUCUGCAAGGUCCUGACAGAGGAAGACCGGGCUGCCCUGAGCCAGGCCGUGUGUCAGGGUGAGCUGGGCACCGUCCUGAGCCAGUCCUUGUCUCAGGCGGCCCUCCUGACUGGACUUGUCCUCCCUAAGGCCACCUCGAAAGCAUUGGGAAGUGGGAUGAUGGUGACGCCGGUCCCAGUGGAGGUGGACUCCAGGGAGAGCCGGUCAACUGCGUGGGGGCCCACCGUGGGCCGUGUGAGACCACAGCUCAGCAAGGGCCCCGUGGACGCUGGCGUGGCUGGUGGCCAAACGUGGAAUCCCACCAUCCCCGGUGCUGCCGUUGGGCCCAUGGAGGGGGCCAAGACCCCCUGCGGUGCAUGGAAACCAGCCAGGUGCGAUGUGCCGUGGGCUGCCAUGGGCAGGGAGGCGCUGGUGGAUCCCAGACGGUGUGGGGAGCUGGUGACGUCAGUUCAGACUGUGGAGAAGAUAAUAGUGCAAGCCGUGGUCGUCAUACAGGCGUGUGCACGUGGCUACCUGGUGCGCCGUACCAUCAAGGUGUGGCACCGGUGGGCUGUCGUCAUCCAGGCUGCCUGGCGUGGCUACUGUGUGCGGCGGAACCUGGCCCAGCUCCUCAAAGCUGCCACGGUCAUCCAGGCCACAUGGCGAGGCUACAGCUUCCGCCGGAACCGAGCCCGGCAAAUGCUGCUCCCCCGCACCUGGGCUGAGGAGAGUGGCAGGACCACGUCCACUUCCGACCACCGCUGCUUCCAGUCCUGCCGGCCGCACGACUGCACCCUCUGCCAGUCGCUGAGGCCCCGGCUGGGGAGCCCACCCAGCGCCGUGAUGCUCAUGGGUUCCAGCCCCCGCACGUGCCACAUGUGUGGCCACACCCAGCCCACGAGGGUGGUGCAGGGCAUGGGCCGGGGCACCACGGGCCAGGCGGGCAGGCUGAGGGGCUAUGACACCCAGCUGAGCCCCCAGAGACCCCAGCAGCCCCGUGGCCAGAAUAAGGCGGCCACGGUCAUUCAGUCCAUCUGGAGGGGCUUCCAGGCACGCCGCCGGCUGAUGGAGAAGCAGGCAGCGGCCAAGAUGCUGCAAUCCAACUGGCGUGGCCACUACACCCGGUCCUCCCUCACCACGGAUGCGCUUUUGAGGCCAGCGGCGUGGGACAACCCACAGAGCACGCAGUGGCCAGGAGUCUAGGACCUUGACCGCCCAACGGGGGACAUCAGGGGCGGUGCCAUGUGGCUCUCUCGGUCUAAUGAAUAAAGUUCUCCACAGCC